UGGCUUUGAGCAACUAUUCUUUUCCGAUUCUAGAAAACGAAGCACAUUUCAAAAUGAGCAAGUGUCAAUGCUUAGAGCGAAAUUUACAAAUGAAUCGAAUCCACCAUGAGCCAGAGCAAAUGCGACGCAGUCAUGGUUGCGACUCCAACUACUGCAGCAAGCAACCACCACCAUGUAAGAUGAUGCAGCAUCAGUUAAAAGGAACUUCAUGUCAACAUGGUGUCCCAGUAACUGCUCCAAAAUGUAUGAUGCAUCAUAACCAGUCUAUGUUGCAACAUCAAAAUAACGAGCUAAAAUAUAAGCAAGCGCACCUUAAGCACCAGUUAAAUGCCUUACAGCAGCGCACGUCUGCUCUUCAACUAGAAAUCCCUCAUAUGGAGCAGCAUAUUCAAAUUUUGACAGACCAAUGCACGGAGAAGGGUCAAAUCUAUAAAAACAUUAAAGCCACACUCUUGACCGCCGCAGACGAAGUAAUGAAAGCCCAAACUGCCGAAUCUCUCCCUUUUGAAUUUCUAUCCAAGAUCUUUACCAUAUUCGAUAAUGACUCAAAAUUAAUGGAAACAUUCAAGCAAUUGGAUAAUGAUUUAAGCGAAAUUAUAUCGAAGUUUUGCACUGAGGCAUAUGAAUCGCGUAAGGAACCCUUGUCCAAAGUUAUUGACUGUAAACUAGCAAAGCUCAGGAAAGACUUAAUCAAGAAAUAUGAUGGGAAAUUAAAAGAAUUUGUGAAAAAGCAGGAAUUGAAUGGGCUGGCACUGAAAUGCAAAUGUUUUGAUAUACUAUGUGAUUUUCUAAAGGGCAAGGAUUGUAUUAGCGAGGAUUAUUUAAAGGAAAUGAAGUCCAUCUACGAGGAGGAGUCUGCAAAACUUUAAAUGUUUAUUUUCUAUAUAUUUAAUACUGAAUAUAUUGAGCAUUGUGUUCAGUUUUUCUCUGUUUAA